CGGGCGGGGCGGCCGGGACGCGGGAGCAUGGAGCCGCGCGCCGGCUGCCGGCUGCCCGUGCGGGUGGAGCAGGUCGUCAAUGGCGCGCUGCUGGUCACCGUGAGCUGCGGUCAGCGCCGCUUCGCCGGGAUCCUGCUGGACUGCACGAAAAAGUCCGGCCUCUUCGGCCUGCCCCCGUCCACUCCACUGCCCCAGGCCGAGGACACCCCUGUCAAUGGCUGCCAGGACCCAGCUGCCACAGAGGGGGACCCAGAGGCAAUGCAGCUGGGAACAGGCCCCCCGCCGCCUUCCUGCCCUGAGCCGCCCCCGCCCCUGGUGCCGCCGCUGCCCGCUGGAAGCCUGCCCCCCUUCCCGCCAUAUUUUGAAGGCGCCCCCUUCCCGCCCCCACUCUGGCUGAGGAACACCUACCAGCAGUGGGUGCCACAGCCACCCCCCCGGACAAUCAAGAGGACAAAGAGGCGCCUGUCCCGCAACCGUGACCCUGGCCGGCUGGCCCUGAGCCCCAUCUGCCUGCGGCCACGGCGGGUCCUCUGUGAGAAGUGCAAGAGCACCCUGAGCCCCCCGGAGGCUGGCCCCGCGCCCCCGGCCACCCCCCGGCCUCGCAGGAGACUGGGCAGCGGCUCCGACCCAGACAGGGAGCUCCGCAAACACGAGGACCCGGAUGGCGGGGGUGACGCCGCGGCCUCGGCCACCACCAGGAGAAGCAAGAGGGAGAGGCGGGAGGAGGACCAGGCUCGGGUCCCACGGAGCCCGGCCAUCAAGAUCUCCUACAGCACACCGCAGGGCAAGGGCGAGGUGGUGGAGAUCCCGUCCCGCGUGCACGGCUCCCUGGAGCCCUUCUGCCCCCCGCAGGCCCUGCACGGUGCCCCGGACCCCGAGGCGGCUCGGGACAGGCCACCUGACGGGCCCUCCGCCUCCAUUCCGAAGCUGAAGCUGACACGGCCCGUGCCCCCCAGCGCCGACCCGCCGCCCCCCAAGAUCCGCCUGAAGCCCCACCGCCUGGGCGCUGGUGAGCAGGAGCCUGUCUAUAGGGCUGAGCUGGUGGAGGAGCUCAGCGGCCGUGGGCAAGGCGCCCAGGCCAGCUCACCUGCCCACCCUGCCUCUGGCUCUGCCCGCAGUGCCCCGGCGGACUUGUCUUCAGGAAGCUCUGGGGAGGACGAGGACUUCAAGACGUGUCCCCAGGGUAAACACGGGCGUGACAGCCUGGCCUUCCUCGCCAGCUGCCCUGGGAGCAGAACAGACUAUGCCCGGGAGUCGCUGUGGAGCAGCGACAGCCUGGACGAGUCCAAAUCGUCCAGCUCGGAAGUCACGUCGCCAGACACGUGUGACCUUUCCUCCGGCGACGGGGUGUCUGUGCCGUCCACGUCCAAGCGCGCGGGGCAGACGGUCCCGCCCCUGACGGUCAGGCUGCACACGCAGAGCAUCUCCAAGUGCGUUACCGAGGAUGGAAGGACCGUGGCCGUGGGGGACAUCGUGUGGGGUAAGAUUCAUGGUUUUCCCUGGUGGCCAGCACGUGUCCUUGACAUCAAUCUUAGCCAGAAGGAGGACGGGGAGCCCUCUUGGCAAGAAGCGAAAGUCUCGUGGUUUGGUUCUCCAACGACAUCAUUCUUGUCCAUUUCCAAACUCUCCCCUUUCUCUGAAUUUUUCAAACUGAGAUUUAACCGUAAGAAGAAGGGGAUGUAUCGGAAAGCUAUAACCGAGGCCGCCAAUGCCGCGGGACACGUGGCCCCGGAGAUCAGGGAGCUCUUAACCCAGUUUGAAACGUGACUGGGGCUCCCUGACCAGGUCACCGACGAUGAGGGCAUGGCCGUUCUGGAGCUUCCGACUUCGGGGGUGUCCUCCAUGCCCCCCAUUCCGUCCGAGGGGCCCCGCGUGCCUCCUGGCCGGCUGCGUGCAGAACCACGCCAGGCCCGCGGCGGUCAGCCUGGCGCCGGGCUUCCUGGGAGGAGCAGGUGUGUCUGGCUGAAGGACAGAACUGCAGGAGCGCCGGGUCCUGGCGGCUGAAUGUCUUUAUUCUCCUGACUCCGACGUUCGCUUUUCUGGCUGUGGAGCAGCGGGAGUCCAGGUCCCCCUCGCCCCCUGCGGCCUCACCCCUCCUGGGCAGGGCUGUCGGCUCAGGGCUGCCCUGCAGGCUCCAGGACACCAAUUGCACGUGUGGGUCCUUCCAGCCCUCGCAGGGUCUCUGUGCGCUAGCGGGGCGGACACCCCCCCCCCUCCUGCCCGCUCACCCGGAGCUUGGGUCCCACCCGGCGCCCAGCACAGGCUCCAGGGCCCCCGCCCCCGAGGUGCCAGGAGGUACCCGUAUGUGAGGCGAUGAGGGCCGUCACUUUGAUAACAGACUUGACCGCCGAAAGGACAAAACGUCGCUCUGCUGUUUGUAAGAGUGUGUUCCUUUCCCCCUUUUGUCACUUUGAAGACCAAAAAGAAACAAGAAAGAGAAACUGA